AUGGCUUCAGCACAGCAACCAAAAGGUAGGGGCCGCGGUCGUGGAACGGCACAGACCAUCAUCGCCCCACCAGGCCCUGCAAUUGCUACCGAUGAUUUGCCAAACCUUCCUACUGCAGAGAACACUGCACCAUCUCCCUCCUCCCUCGCUGACGACACACUUUCAGCGCCUUCUCAAAAAAGCACAACCGAGACAACAACAACCACAGAUACUGGAUUUGCUUCUACUUCAAGUAAUGUGAAUCAACCAACAACAACUUCGUCCACUGUACCACGUGGUCGAGGACGUGGAGGAGAUUCAAAACGAAACAACCCACCACCGGACCCCUUCUGGACUGUUACCGAUCUCACUCAACAACAAUUCGGUACCAAUGAUCGACCGACGAAACCCGAUCAACUCGGCACUCUCGGACAACAAAUCGACGUUGCUACCAACUACUUUCCCGUCCUCCACUUUCCGCAAAAUGGUCUCGUCUACAAAUAUCACAUUCUCAUUCGAAACAAGAAAAAUCUCGAUAUUCACAGAGAUCGACGACGCAUCUUCUAUCACUCUUGGCUUCUGGCAUUCUGUCGACAGCAUCCACAGGUGAACAAGAACAAGAUCGUCUUCGACAACCAGUCAACGAUAUUCAGCUUCGAUCAGCCACUUCCUGACAUCACAGAAAAUACUCCUGCACAAAUCAUCGACGGCCCUAAUCGCUCGAAUCGACAAGAACCACACCAAGUCAUCGUGCAACGAGUGGGAACACCAGUUGAUCUUGCACUAAUCCGAAAUCUGAAUGAGCUCUUCGAUCCAUCAUCACUCACCAAUGAGAGAAUCGAAGAUUUACAAGAGGUGAAGCAGGUGCUGUCAGUGGCACUACACGAACACUGCUCAUCGCAAGCAUCAUUUGUGUUCACUCGUUCGUUCUUCACGCCGAGUACCGACGGAUAUGGGUGUGAAUGGGAUCUCGGAUUAGGUAAAGCGGCAUGGCGUGGGUUCUAUUCGUGUCUGGUAUUUUCCAAGGGCAAACAUCAGUUGCUGAUGAAUCUAGAUGUGAAACAUUCAGUUUUCAUGAAGAAGCAGCCGUUUUUGGAUUUUGUGUGUGAAGUGAUGGUGCAAAGUCCUAGCGGAAAAGCAAAAUAUAGUAGACAAAGAGAUGUUCGAAUGGCAGAUAGUCGUGAUGUUUUGCAAUGGCUUGAUGUAAGAAACCGAAGCUAUCGAAUUGAUGCUGAGUUUUUAUUCAAGCAUUGUAAACAUCUUCGAGUGCGGUCACAGGCUGCAGACAAGCCAAUCAGUUAUGAAAUAGUGAAAUUCGGACGCCCUGCGUCGGAGGAAAACUUUUAUUGGAAGCAAGAAAAGCGUGAUGUGACAAUUGAAGAAUAUUACAACAAACAAUAUAAUGUCGAAUUGCAGCAUCCAUCGUUACCGACGUUAGAAAUGCGCAAUCGAUCAUUUCUCCCGAUGGAACUGGUCGAUGUCGAACCUGUGAGGGUGAAAAAAGUGACUGACGAGCAGAGAGCCACGAUGUGUCGUGUGUCAACGAUGAAACCGAUUGAAUAUGAGAGAACAAUCAAAAACAUACGUGCCGACCCAAAGAAGCAGUGUUUCGAAGCUGAUCCAUUCGUGGCUGCAUGGCAGAUGAAUUUAGACGUAAAAAUGGUGACAGUGCCAGCUCGUGUUUUGCCGAUGCCAGAAGUAGUUUACGGGGAUCAUCAUCGAGUAACUUCGAGGGAUGUUAGAGAUGUAGGAACUUGGGAGCCUAGGGGAGCUCGCUUUCACACACCAUCAGCAUUUCCACGUGUAUGGGCAAUGAUCAAUCUGUCGAGGAUUCGUGGCGAUGAUUGUAAACAAUUCUACAUUCAAUUGAGUGGAGUUGCACGACAACAAGGCAUGCAAUGUAUCGGGCCUGAACUAUACGAAGAGUGCGUAGCUACCACAGAUAGUUCAUAUUCGAUUGAGAACGUGGUAUAUAAGAUUAAAGAAAUGAUGAACAAGAAUCCGGACUGCAAGUUUUUCAUGGUGAUCCUACCGUCAAAAAGUUUGUCGAAACAAAACAAAGAAGCUUAUAGAGAUCUGAAAAAACUGUGUGAGCUAGACGCGGGUGUUGGGAUCGUCACUCAAAUGAUUGAGGAAAAAAAUGCUCGCAAAGGAACAAAGAAGAGUCCUGACGCUUGGGACCUUGCGAAGCUGAGCAAUAUACUGCUGAAAAUCAAUACAAAACUAGAUGGUAUUAAUAGUAUACUUCAAGUCCCGCCAGUCAUCGAGCGAUUCUUCACGCGUGGUCAUCGUAUUAUGUAUGUCGGUGCUGAUCUUAGUCAUCCUGCUCCCGGUGCCACUAUGCAGCCUUCUGUAGUUGCCGUCGUUGCGUCUGCUGAUGACAUACCCAACCGAUACUUCAAAGAAGUCUACCAACAGUUUCGACCACCUCAAACACGAGGCGAAAGUCGAGAACAUAUCGUCAGUAAAGCGGCAUGGCGUGGGUUCUAUUCGUGUCUGGUAUUUUCCAAGGGCAAACAUCAGUUGCUGAUGAAUCUAGAUGUGAAACAUUCAGUUUUCAUGAAGAAGCAGCCGUUUUUGGAUUUUUUGCGUGAAGUGAUGGUGCAAAGUCCUAGCGGAAAAGCAAAAUAUAGUAGACAAAGAGAUGUUCGAAUGGCAGAUAGUCGUGAUGUUUUGCAAUGGCUUGAUGUAAGAAACCGAAACUAUCGAAAUGAUGCUGAGUUUUUAUUGAAGCAUUGUAAACAUCUUCGUGUUCAGUCACAGAAUGCUAGUAAACCGCAUAAUUACGAAAUAUUGAACUUCGGACUAUCUGCAUGUGAGCAAAAGUUUUAUUGGAAAGCGACGAGAAUUGAAGUAACAAUUGAAGAAUACUAUAAAGAAGAAUAUGAGAUCGUGCUGAAGUAUCCAUCGUUACCGACGUUAGAAAUGCGCAAUGGAUCAUUUCUCCCGAUGGAACUGGUCGAUGUCGAACCUGUGAGAGUGAAGAAAGUGACCGACGAGCAGAGAGCCACGAUGUGUUGUGUGUCAACGAUGAAACCGAUUGAAUAUGAGAGAACAAUCAAAAACAUACGUGCCGACCCAAAGAAGCAGUGUUUCGAAGCUGAUCCAUUCGUGGCUGCAUGGCAGAUGAAUGUAGACGUAAAAAUGGUGACAAUGCGAGCUCGUGUUUUGCCAAUGCCAGAAGUAGUUUAUAGUGGUAUUUAUCGAGUGAGAUCAGAGGCCACGAGAAAGACGGGCGAUUGGGAUGUAAGGGGUACGACAUUUUACAAGCCAGCUGACUUCCCACAAUUGUGGGCAAUGAUUAAUUUAGCUGAAAUCAGUGAAGAGAUAUGCAAAGAGUUCUAUAAUGAUCUGAAGGUAGUCUCGCAGGAUCGAGGAAUCGAUUGUAAACCUCCUGAGAUCUAUGUUGAGGAGCGAAUUAAUAGGUUUUCGACUGCCAAAAUAAUUACUCUAUUGAGUGAUAUAAUAGCAAAGAAUGACGAUUGCAAAUUUUUUCUUAUUAUUUUGCCUGAUGACAAAAGGCUGAGAACUAUUGUUUACAAUUCCAUCAAGAAGCAGUGCGAGCUAGAACGGGGAUUUGGAGUAGUAUCGCAAAUGCUCUGUGCUGUAACAGUAGUCGGUCGUCAUGGGCGGAAUCCGGGAAAGAUCGAUUAUUCUAAAUUCAAUAAUAUCUUACUCAAAAUAAAUACGAAACUGAAUGGAAUAAACCAUGUCCUUGAAGUUCCGCCAGUCAUCGAGCGAUUCUUCACGCGUGGUCAUCGUAUUAUGUAUGUCGGUGCUGAUCUUAGUCAUCCUGCUCCCGGUGCCACUAUGCAGCCUUCUGUGGUUGCCGUCGUUGCGUCUGCUGAUGACAUACCCAACCGAUACUUCAAAGAAGUCUACCAACAGUUUCGACCACCUCAAACACGAGGCGAAAGUCGAGAACAUAUCGUCAGUCUCAAGCAGAUCAUGAAGUCACUCAUCUCACAAUAUGCAAAACAUCGAGGAUUUCCACCCAGCGCCAUCGUCUUCUAUCGUGAUGGCAUCUCAGAAAGUGAAUUCGAUUCGGUCUUCGACAAAGAGCUCACGAGCAUACGAGAAGCUUGUGUCGAACUGUCACCUGCCUAUCGUCCGUACCUGACUUACAUUGUUGUCAGCAAACGACAUCACACAAAACUGUUUCCAUCAAAAUCCGACAAGAACGUGCCAGCAGGCACUGUUGUCGAUUCGCCUGACAUCACCAAUUCGACUAAAUACGACUUCUAUCUGUGUAGUCAUCAUGGUGCACUCGGAACAAGUCGACCGACACACUAUUAUGUGUUGUAUGACGAUAACAAGUUGAAGCCGGACGAAGUGCAGAUGCUAACCUAUGCUUUAUGUUAUACAUUUGCUCGAUGCACCCGUUCGGUGUCGAUUCCUGCACCAGUGAAGUAUGCUGACUUGUUAGCUAUUCGUGCGACACUGUAUAUCAAGAGUGAUGAUCAGUCCGAUACUGAAUCGGUAUCAUCUGAGGCUCGUUUACCGGUGAAUCAAAGUACAAAUGUGGAAGGUGGCUUGAGAAGCGAACGUAUCUCAACGCUAAACAGUCAUGUUAUUAUUGAACUAAAUAAGUUUUCAGUUCGGCUACACAACGACCACGGCAGAUUGGUGGAAUAUUCGACGCAGUUGCUUGUAUAUCCUCGUCAUUCUAAACAAUUUCAAACGAUCAUAGAAAUAUUCAUGACAAACGUAAUUUCAAAAUUUGAAAAUUUGCCCAAUGAACUUCUUCUCGAUAUCUUUACCUACUGUCGUCCACGAGAUUUAUUUAUAUCUCUAUUCAACCUAAAUCAACGUUUGAAUACGUUGAUUAAUCUGCAACUAUUGGGUGUUGAUUUAGGCAAUGCAUUACCUAAAUAUUUACUUGAUAUACACUAUCAAUCAGUAUUAUCCAAUGCUCGAGAACAGAUUAUCAGUUUACGAUUGUCUGAUACGUACAAUCGUAUGAAACGUUUUGUUACUAACGAUGAAGAUUUAGGAAUUGAUUUUGAAACACGCAAAGCUAUUCUUCAACGCGUAAGAUGUUUAAUUUUAUGGGAUCCAACCAUGAAUAGUCUUUAUGACACUUUACAAUAUGUUAACAAUCUCGAAUCUUUUCAUUUGACAUCCAUCGGACGAGCACGACACACACCAAAUUACUCCGAUAGCCUAUUAAAGAUUCUUUUUCAAAUGAAAACACUCAAACGACUUUACCUCGCAUUGCAUGAUUCGAUCAUAUAUGACAAUAGCAUCAGUAUAAACACAUCGAUAACUCAUCUAGUGUUAAAUGGAUGUCAUAUGCAACAUUUCGGAUCAUUACUCCGUCACCUACCAAAUAUCCAAACCUUGAAUAUAAUGUGCUACAAUAGACCAAAUCUACUUCCAUGGGCGCAGGAGAACUUCGAUCAUACUCUCUAUGAUGGUCUUUCUGAACGUAUUCCACACUUAACUAACCUGACAUUACAUGUAACUCAUACACCUUUUUUCGAAAUUGAAAUCCUUCUUCAUCAAUUACCCAAACUAAUCAAAUUCUCAUUCUCAUCACUUCUCAUCGAAGAAUAUUCAAACGGAGCAAACUGGGAACGUAUUAUCACGAGUUCUCUUCCUGUUUUAAAAAAAUUCUCCUUAUUCAUCAAUGAGACGCAUGUUCCAAUGCGUAUCCUAAUCGAUCUAGAAAAAAUGGUCCAAUCAUUUUCGUCUCUCUUCUGGCAUCGUUGGCCGGUGGUUAUCGAAUACUACAAUGAAGGAUCUUCCAAACGGCAUGUCAUGUUAUACACAUUACCUAUGCAGAAAGACAGUGUACGAACAUAUCUAUACGGGGUACAAACAUAUCCAACUCAGAACAGCGACAAUACAUAUGAUCUAGUACAAAAUGACGAGAAAAAGAACGAUUACAAGAAAGUGUAUGAACUACAUUUUGUUUUACAUCCCAGUCCACCAGCGAAUGUUCUUCUACCAAAUCGUACCUAUACCAAUCUGAAAUCUUUAUCAUUUACAUCGGAACUAACCGACUCUGGAUCGUAUGAUUCUGAUGUGAUACUAACUGAUCUACAGAAAUUAUUUUCCUCUUCAACACUUGCAAAUAUUAAACGCAUCUAUUUGUACAAUCAAAUCUAUCCGAUCAAUUUCUUUUCGAAAUUAUUGAAUAUUUUACCCAAUGUUCAAAGUGUUCGUAUAUCUGAUACAUUACUUCGUAUUUACACAGUUGCACCUCGCAUUACCAGCUUAACAAUCGACUUCACAUCGACUGUUGUUUCAAAUUCUGCAGAUAUUCUUCGUCAAAUGGGCACUUACCUUCCUAACUUACGUUAUCUCUAUUUGGAAUUAAAAGAUGCCCAGAACGUAUACAUUUUUCUCGCAUAUUGCUUGAGAAAACUUCAACAUUUGUUGGAUAUUCACCUUACAUUUCAUGAAACCAAUGCAUGUAUCGACCAACAAACCUUCUUCUCCUGGUUCACAGAUUACAAAUCAUUAAAUGCAUUAAAUAGCAAAGUACAAGUGGAAUUUAGUGGUACAAAUAAUCGUUUACACAUUUCCUUGUGA